AUGGCGCCAAGACUCCCUCUCUCAAAGCUCGAAAUGAUCCAGGGCAUGAUAUCGAGCAAAUCAUUGACUGCCUCGCAAAUGGCUAAAGCUGCUGAAUAUAGUAAGCGUUCCAUCAUCAACAUCAGCAACAACCUCCGCCAGUUUGGAAAUGUCAGAGCACCCCCAACUCGAGUCGGUCGACGACGGACUUUAACACCUCUGAUGAUAGAAGCACUAUGGAAUCGCCUCUUCGAAAAGCCCGGGCUAUACGUAGACGGGAUGGCUAUCUUUUUAUGGGACGAGUUCCGCAUCCAGGUCACAAAUUCGAGUCUCAAACGGGCUCUUGCUUCGGUGGGCUGGUCGAAGAAAGUUGCUCGACAGAGAGCAAAGGAACAGAAUGCGGAUUUACAAGAUUUCUACAUCCAUAACCUGUCAGUCUUUCAGUCGUACCAUUUGGUCUACGUGGAUGAGUCUGGGUGUGAUAAGCGAAUCGGGUUCCGAAGGACUGGCUGGUCUCCGUUGGGCACGGCGCCGUCGCAGGCAGCCAACUUCCAUCGUGACCAGCGAUACCAGAUACUACCCGCAUAUUUUCAAGAUGGGAUUUUGCUCUCUCGUGUAUUCCAGGGCUCCACGGAUGCUGCAGUCUUCGAGGACUUCAUUGGUAAGCUUCUUCGGCAUUGUGGGAGAUAG